AGUAAGUAACUAACAAUCUCUUACCCGUUUUCUGUUCUGUCUUCUCCGUCUCCCUGUUCUGUACCAGGGCCAUCAGGAGGAAAAAAAUUUAAAAUGAAAACCCAAAAAAGGAGGGAAAUUUCUAAAUAUGGAGUAAACCUAAAAUCUAAUUGUUUUUGAGUGGCUAUUGUUUCACAUGUAACUUGACCUCUCCUCUUCAUCCAUUUACGCUUCUUCCAUUAAUCUCUGAAUUUUUUUUUAUUGACUAAACAGUUUACAUUUUGAACCGCCAUAGAAAGCUUUAGACUUCUUUUUUUUUUCUCAGUUUUUCAUCGUUGAUCGAAAACAUGGGAAUCAAUACCAAAGAUAUCGGAACUCUCGUCUGGAAAAUUCUCAGAAUCACCAAGAAAAAUAUUUACACAUGCGUAAGAAAAUACCCAGUUAUCUCUGGUGUUUCUGCCUCCACCUUCCUCUUAUACACUUUCCUCCCUCGUCUUUUCUAUUUCAUCAUCUGCUCUUCUCCGUUCAUCGCAUGUUCUGUGUUUUAUCUUCGAAAACAUCUAAGAUCCAAGCCUUCGAAGAUCGAAACUAUCAACACGGCUAAUGCGUUACCACCGUUUUCCCCAGAGGGUUCUGAGCGAGGAACAAGGAGAGCUGACUUAAAGCACCAACGAAGCGUUAGACGAAACGCGAGAAGGAAAGUUGAGGAGGUUGGCAAAGACUGGGACUCUUCUCAGGCUAGCGAGGAUGAGAGAGACCAAGUCAUUUUAACAACUCUCUAUGGUGAAUUCCCCAACCCUCAAAAAUUUAAGAAAGAUAAAGCCUUCCUUGCGUCGCAAGAAUUCUCAUUUGAGCCUAACCUAGACGAAGAAAAGAGAGACAAAGCCUUUCUUGCGUCGCAAGAAUACUCCUCUGAGCCUAACCUAAACGAAGUAAAUGUUUCCGUUUUACAUCCAUAUGAGAGGCUAACGAGCGGAGGUGGUGAAACUGAAGUUGAGUGCUCAUCAUCAUCAUCAUCAUCAUCAGAAGGAGAAGAAAAAGAAUCUUUCCCUAAAGACACCAAGAUCAUAGCUUGGACCGACGAUGAUCAGAAGAAUCUAUUGGAUCUUGGAAACUCUGAGAUGGAACGUAACAAGAGAUUAGAGCAUUUGAUUACUAGAAGAAGAACGAGGAGACAAGUCUUACUUGCAGCAGAGAGAAGCCUAAUGGAUAUGGAAGUUCCUCCUGUUUGUGUUGGAAGAAACUACUUCGGUUUGGAUCAUGAUGAAAACUAUAUGAUUGAUGGGCUUCAAAUGCCUGAAUCUGCACCUUCUGUGUUACUACCAACAAAGAACCCAUUUGAUCUUCCUUAUGGUCCUCAAGAGGAGAAGCCUAACCUCUCAGGUGAUAGCUUUCAUCAAGAGUUUUCUGAAGCUAACCCUAACCCUAGUGAGAGCUUCUUCAGCCACCAUGAGAGCUUUUGCCGCAGAAACUUUCCUCCAUCAGAGGUUGACUCGAGAUUGGAACAGUGGAAAAAGUCAACUGAUGGUUUGCUUAGACCACAACAAGGUAGUGAUGAUGAUGGUUUGGUUGGGAAGAAACAACCUCUAACAAUAGCAGAAACAAAAGAUAUGGAGACAGAACACAGGGCAGAGACUGUUGUGGGUGAUUUAAACACAUUGCUUUCUCCUCAAGAAAGGUUAAUAACGGAUACCAACGUCUUAGAUCAAGUAGAUUCUUCUGAAAUUUCUGUAAAACCAAAUGGUGAUCAACCUGUUGGAAAUGCUUUAAAGGGUGUGAUUCGUAGAAACACUGUGACACGUUCGACUUCAUUAGCACCAGAAAGGCAAAUAUACAUGGAACAUUUUGGUUACAGCACAGUGAAAGGACAUAAGGUGACUAAAUCUGGGGAAUCUGAUCUUCAAGUUGAGUUUUCUGAAGUGGGAUCACCUCCCACUACAGUUGAUUGGAACCAUUCUGAUGAUGAUGAUGAGAAGUCACUCUUUGUCAACGAGUCAGACACAGGUAAGGAAACAGUGUUUAGUGGCGAGGUAAAUGAGGCUAAAGAGAAUAGUCUUGUGGAUGGAGCUGCAGAAUCUCAAAUGUUACCAGUGGAGAAACUUGAUCAAGAUUUCAAUAUGAGUUCUCAAGAAAGUGAUGCAGCCAAACAAUUUGAGGAAGAGGAGAGAUCAAAAGCCAUACAGGCCACAGUUCCUCACACCAAUGAAGUUAUACUAGAGGAACCACCUGAACAUCUCACAAACUCGGUGGAUGAGAUGAAGAUGAGUUAUGAGUCUGAUGAACCUGGACCCUCUGAGAGAAGAGCCAAUCAAGAGAUGCAAGAGAUAGUGGAACCAGAAGCUUCAGUUGUGAAUCAAGUCACCUCUGAUGAAUCUGAUACUUCACCAACAUCUGUGUUACCAGACAUAUCGUCACCAUUAGGCCAGACUUUGACUGUAACCUCUGAGGAUUUGGAACUUUCAUCAGCUAGUCAACAGGGAGCUGUGAUUCACGAUCAGGAAUUAUCACUGAGUUCAUUAGAUGGUGAUAGGAACAGUAUAGAAACAGAGGUCAGCCCUAUGUAGUGGGCUGCCUAAAGCAAAAUAAAAGUUUUUUGGUCCAUAAAUUUAAUCACAAAAACAAUGCUGCUACUUAAACAUUUGACCUGAAGUUUAUCAAAACUACAAAUGAUGAUCUAUUUGUAAAUAUUUUUGGCAUUUAAAAGUUGAUGUUUCAUCAAGUAUAUUCCAGAAUCAGCACACUAGAAGUUAGUUUCAAAGGCUGUCAUGUGCACUUGAACUGAAAUGUUGCUUACAGAAGAAUGAACUGUGUUCUCUAAAGCAGGAACAAUUUGAGUCAAGUGAGUAAACUGCACAAGAAGAUUAUAUACUUCACAUGUCAUUAUCCCUGUAAUCCAUCCUAAGAGUUUCUUAAUCAUAUUUUAUUAUAUUUUCUUAAAAAUAUUGAUAUCGUUUGCAAUAGUUGUUACAAGAAGGAACACAAAACAAUGAUCUUGGUUUGCUAGGAUCAAUUGGAAAUGUCACUAUUUGUUUUUUUUGGUGGUUUAAACCUAGACCUAGUUAGUUAGUUCUCUCACGAUGAUGCAGGUGUAUUAUCCAUACCGAUUAUUCUGGUUGACUUAAAACACUAUCAUUUUAUUUUUUAUCUCAACUUUAUCUGCUUGUUUAAAUUGCUUCAUUCUGUAUUAUCUUUUCCUUGAUUAUUUGUGUAUUUAAACAUGUGGAUAAUUGAUGUAAAAAACAUGUGGAUAAUUGAUGUAAACUGAACAAACUCUUAUCCAUGUUCAAAAGUAUAUAUAUAUAAAAACUAAUAUAUAUUUUGUAGUGAAAUUCGGUGUUAGAUCCAAUAAAUCCUCGUUGUUGAAAUAUAAAUUUCUUUUUAGAAUGAUAUUAUCUUGAUAUCAAAACAAAUGCAAAGAAGAACUAUCUUAAACACAAGCAGAUUUAUCCACCGUAUUUAUCUAAAGUAGUUUCAAGUCAACCAAAAAAUCGGGUCUAACAAAGAUUUAUGGGGGAAAAUCAUAGUUUAUCCAAAACAC